GAAGGGUUGACGAUACUCUCAUCAGUUUCAUUACAAUCAUUCUCAUUCAGACCUUCGUAAAAAUAUGAUUUCAAAAAAAAAUCAGUAUUUUAGCCUAAAUAGAAUUCUACUGCUCAUAAUCGGCUCAUGGCCCUAUGAACAAUCUAAUUUCGCUAAAUUUCAGCAUAUUGUCAUCUGUGCUAUAAUGAUAUCAAGUAUUGUAUUUCAGCUGACUACAUUUCUAGCGUCAAAUUGUACUUUGGAAGUCACCGUAACGGUUUUAGCUGACACAUCUUUUUUCAGUAUUUUUAUAAUACAAUAUAUAGUGUUUCAUUUUAAUAUUGAAGGUGUAAGUUGAUCGCUUACAAAGUAUUUUAUGGGAUAAUAAUCUUCGAGUAACAAUUUUUUAAGUAUUUACAUGUAUGGGUGUUCAUAAGUCUACGAGUGCAUUUGCGUUUGCAUGCAUGCACACACUUCACACACACACACACACACACACACACACACACACACACACACACGUACACAUACAUAUGUACAUACACGUACAUUUUGAUGUUUAUAUACAAAAGUUGUUGGAAUGACAGGUGAAGAAUUUACUAAUGCAACUUCAGCACGUACACAAUGAAUUAAAAAAUAGGAAUGAAAUCGCUAUUAUAAAAAGAUAUGACAGCAUUGCAAAUCGUUAUGCAACUGUACUUACAGCUAUUGGAAUUUGUGGAAUAUUUUCAAGUAUAAUAAGUCAAUUUUUAAUGAAUGUGGUGAAUGUUGAUUUAUCGACAAACUCAUCUCGACACUUUUUUCUAUUAUCAAUGGAGUAUUUCAUCGAUCAAGAAAAGCAUUUUUAUUUGAUUUUGUUGCACAUCAACAUAAUUGUAACCAUUAGUACGACUGCAAUGGUAGCAAAUGGUGCAAUGUUAAUUGCGUAUAUUCAACAUAUUUGUGGACUAUUUAGAAUUACUAGUUAUCGUAUCAAAUAUGCAAUAAAUAUCAACAUUCUACACAAUGUCACGCUAAAAAAUAAGAUCUGGAUGAUCAAGAACACAAGUUGUGCCGUAGACAUUCAUCGGCAAGCUAUGAAAUUGAUAAACCAGUUAAUGAUAAUAUUGAACAAAAUGAUGUUGUGUUUAAUAGUAUUUAGCGUAGCUUCUUUGAGCCUCAAUUUGUAUCACAUAGUAUUAUUAAAAACUAGUAUUGAGACUCUUCUAACGCCAUGCGUACAUACGUCUGUGUGUAUCCUAUAUAUGUUUUUAGCUAAUCAUAUGGGGCAGAUUAUAAUUGAUCACAAUAAUCAUGUAUUUACUACUGCGUACAACGUAGAAUGGUAUAAAACUCCUGUGCAAGUACAAAAAAUGAUAUUGUUUAUAUUACAAAGACGAUCAAAGCCGUUUACUCUAAAUGUCGGAGGACUAUUUGAUGCAUCUAUGGAGGGUUUCGCCACGCUAGUAAAAACUUCGGUAUCUUACUUUACUGUCAUACAUUCAGUACAGUGACAAAAUGAAUUUGAAUUUAUUGCCAUCAGUAAAGGAACAGUUAAGACGGUUCAUACUUAUACAAAAAAGUUUACUUUUGUGAAAGUUGCGCGUAAUCAGAUAUUUUGUGGUUAAAAAAGAAUGUACAAGAUUAAAUUAUUUAAAUUACUUUAAAAUGUUAAUACAAAUUUCGAUAACAUAUCAAAAUCGGUUGAUGUACUUUAUAUAGUUCAACUAUAAACAAUAUAAAAUAUGUAAUUAUUUUACAA